AUGGCCAUGAAUCCUCUCUCCCAGGAGCACCCCAAUGCAUGGCCAUGGGGCGUGGCCAUGUACACGAACCUGCACUACCAGCAGUACCACUACGAGAAGGAGCACCUGUUUGAGAAGGCCCUCACGCCCAGCGAUGUAGGCAAGCUCAACAGGCUGGUGAUCCCCAAGCAGCACGCCGAGAGGUGCUUCCCUCUUGGCGGCGACUCUGGGGAGAAGGGCCUGCUCCUCUCCUUCGACGACGAGGCCGGCAAGCCAUGGCGGUUCCGGUACUCGUACUGGACGAGCAGCCAGAGCUACGUGCUCACCAAGGGCUGGAGCCGGUACGUCAAGGAGAAGCAUCUGGAAGCCGGCGACGUCGUGCACUUCGAGAGGGUGCGCGGCCUCGGCACCGGCGACCGUCUCUUCAUCGGCUGCAGGCGUCGCGGCGACGUCAGUGCACCAACGGCAGUGGCACCACCGCCUGCCGUGCAUGUCGUGCCAGCGUCUGGUCAGAGUCCCAGGGAGCAGCAGCAGCACCAGCAGCCAUGGAGCCCGAUGUGCUACAGCACAUCCACCUCAUACCCUACUAGCCCGGCCACCUCCCACGCCUACCGUCGCUCAGCAGAGCACGAUCACAGCGACAUGCAUCAUGCAGGAGAAUCCCAGUGGGACGCAGACACCAGGAGCUGCAGCCCAGCCUCGGCACCGACACGCCGGCUCAGGCUGUUCGGCGUGAACCUCGACUGCGCGCCAGAGCCAGAGGCAGAAGCCGUGCCCGCGACGCCGGCGAUGUACGGCUACGUGCACCAGAGCCCCUACGCCGCCGUGUCUCCAGUUCCCAGCAACUGGGCAGUUCAUGAAGAAGAUGACGAGGAGAUCUGA